AUGACAAGGAAGCUGAAACAUAGUAGGUCGAUAGGGGAGAAGCUUAGGGACAAGUGUUCCUCGGCAAUGCACUCGUUGAAGGUGAUUUCGAAUGCCGUCUUGCAACAUAAUGACGAUUUGGAAGAGGUUGAGCAGUUGUUCGAUAACGACACAGAAGAGGAGCACCUUAGGGGAGACUAUGUGUCUGUUCUGAAAAGUGAAAACAAGAAGAUAUCUCAGGGGGGCGACAUCCCAACCCAGCAGCGGCUGAGCAAAGAUAAAGUGUCUACGUCAAGCGACGCUACAAACACGUCCCCAACUCCAAUUCCUACAGUGACAGGUGCCUCUGAAACGGUGAGUAACGGAGCAGAGCUAUGGGAGAAACAACGAGAGGAGUGGUUAACUCCAACGUACUCCAUAGCAGAAAUCGAGGAACGAAAGAGGUUACAUUCCUUGGCCUAUUUAACUAGCAAUCCCGACGAAAAUAUCUAUCAGAACAUAUAUAGGAAUUUGGUCAUCCACGGUAAACCGUUGAAGUGUGGCCUCAACAUGGCCGAUGGAUUCAAAGUUAUACAUCAGGGCUGGGAGAACACCAACAUGUUCGAAAGGGUUGCCAGAGGUGGUGUACCUUAG